UGGGAGCAGGGCCCCCGGAGGCGCCGGUGGAGCCCGACCACGACGGCCCCAGAGAGGAGGACGAGUCCAAGCUGGCGUCCGGCCUGCAGAUCCCUGGUUUGGCGAAUCCUGCUGAGAGUGAGCAGUAGGAGGAUUCUCGAAAGCUUCCAGCUUGCCACCUGGCAGAAGGUCACUUUCUUUUGAGCAGAGGAGAUAAUAGGAGGUACCCUGCCAGUGUUCACUGAGAGGCGGGGGUGGCAGGGGCCACAGUUGCUCUGGGAGGGUUGUGGUACCUGGGGCUGGGUGGCUCGCCCUAAGCUUGCUCUGACAAAAGAGUUUUGAGUUGGUCUUUUGACUGAGCCUGCCAAGGAAGGCAGGCCCCUGCAGGAGUCUUGGAGGGUCGGAUGCAGCGCCGGAUGAGGAUGAGGCGUGGCAGAAGAUGCGUUUGGCUCUGCAGACACUGCAUCGGGCAGCAGGGGACUCUGGGAGGCUGGUGCAGCCAGAAGGCAUGGCUCUUGACAGCCUUCUAGUAGAAUCUCUGGAAUUGUGCAUGGCAGAAGAGGAAAGAAACUAACGGGUAUUGAGCACCUACUGUGUGCCAGGCCCAGGCCAGGUCUCCCUUACCUCCAGCCAGUCUGUGCAGACUUGCUGCCUGCUAUGUCACCGUGAACGGAAAGGCUGGGAAGAAGGCCCUUCACAAAAUGGACUGGUGUUGCAGGGUGAGAAGCUUCCCCCUGACUUCAUGCCAAAGCUCGUCAAGAAUCUCCUAGGCGAGAUGCCUCUGUGGGUCUGCCAGAGUUGCCGGAAAAGCAUGGAGGAAGAUGAAAGACAGACAGGUCGAGAACAUGCAGUGGCAAUCUCCUUGUCACACACGUCCUGCAAAUCACAAUCUUGUGGAGGUGAUUCUCAUUCUUCCUCGUCCUCUUCUUCAUCAUCCUCAUCUUCCUCCUCCUCUUCCUGCCAUGGGAACUCAGGGGACUGGGAUCCCAGCUCGUUCCUGUCUGCGCACAAGCUCUCGGGCCUCUGGAACUCCCCGCACUCCAGUGGUGCUGUGCCAGGCAGCUCACUUGGGAGUCCUCCUGCCAUCCCUGGUGAGGCUUUCCCUGUUUCGGAGCACCACCAGCACACAGACCUCACUGCUCCCCCUAACAGCCCCACUGGCCACCACCCCCAGCCAGCAUCUCUGAUCCCUUCUCACCCCAGUUCCCUUGGCUCCCCACCCCACCCACACUUGCUGCCCACCACCCCAGCAGCACCUUUCCCUGCCCAGGCUUCAGAGUGCCCUGUGGCUGCUGCUGCUGUCCCCCAUCUCCCAGGGCCAUGUCAGAGCCCCCACGUACCCUCCACCAGCAUGCCACUCCUGAAGAUGCCUCCACCAUUCUCGGGGUGCAGCCACCCCUGCAGUGGGCACUGCAGUGGGCAUUGCAGCGGGCCUCUCCUCCCACCACCAGGCUCUCAGCCACUCCCUAGCACUCACAGCAGGGAGCCUGGGUGCAAGGGGCAUAAGUUUGCACACAGCGGCCUAGCCUGCCAGCUGCCCCAGCCUUGUGAGGCAGAUGAGGGACUGGGCGAGGAAGAGGAUAGCAGCUCUGAGCGAAGCUCCUGCACCUCGUCCUCCACCCACCAGAGAGACGGGAAGUUCUGUGACUGCUGCUACUGUGAGUUCUUCGGCCACAAUGCGCCACCCGCUGCCCCGACGAGUCGGAAUUAUACCGAGAUCCGGGAGAAGCUCCGCUCAAGGCUGACCAGGCGGAAAGAGGAGCUGCCCAUGAAGGGGGGCGCCCUGGGCGGGAUCCCUGGGGAGCCCGCCGUGGACCACCGAGAUGUGGAUGAGCUGCUGGAAUUCAUCAACAGCACGGAGCCCAAAGUCCCCAACAGCGCCAGGGCCGCCAAGCGGGCCCGGCACAAGCUGAAAAAGAAGAAUUGGAGAGACUGCCUCUCCAGCAGCCAUGUUCCUCACAUGAAUCCCCAUUUUGGUCUUCAGAAUUAUUGUCCCCAUUUUGAUGAGUCCACAGGGACCCAACUGGAAAAAGAGAAGGCCCAGUUGGCAGCAGAAACUCUGAAGCAGGCAAAUCGUGUUUCUGGAAGCCAGGAGCCAAGGCCUGCCAGGGAAAGGCUCUUGGAGUGGCCUGACCAGGAAUUGGAUCGGGUCAACAGCUUCCUGAGCAGCCGUCUGCAAGAGAUCAAGAACACUGUCAAAGACUCCAUCCGUGCCAGCUUCAGUGUGUGUGAGCUCAGCAUGGACAGCAAUGGCUUCUCUAAGGAGGGGGCUGCUGAGCCUGAGCCCCAAACUGUAUCCCCCUCAAACCUCAAUGGCUCCUCAGAGCAACGGCCUGACAUCAACCUUGACCUGUCCCCUUUGACUUUGGGCUCUCCCCAGAGCCACACGUUACAAGCGCCAGGUGAGCCGGCCCCACCGUGGGCAGAAAUGAGAGGUCCCCACCCACCAUGGACAGAGGUGAGGGGCCCCCCUCCUGGUAUCAUGCCUGAGAAUGGGCUAGUGAGGAGACUCAACACCGUGCCCAACCUGUCCCGGGUGAUUUGGGUCAAGACGCCCAAACCAGGCAACCCUAGUUCUGAGGAUUCAGGCUCAAAGGAGGUCCCCAGUUGCAAGCAGGAGCUGCCUGAGCCUGUGGCCACAGGUGGGAAGCCACGGAAAGGCAAAAAACAGGGUAGUCAGGCCAAGAAGAACGAGGUGAACCUGGCCUCCCAUCCUCCAGCCAACACAGAGGUUCCCAGUGCCAAGAGCCAGAUAUCUGGCUCCAAGCAACCAGGCAAGGCCCCAGAGCUUCCCAACACAGGCAGCUGUGCUGAGGCUGGAGAGGGCAGCCGAGGGAGCAGGCCAGUAUCAGGUUGGGCUGACAGCCCCAAAACUGAGAAGGAGAAGGGCAACUCCUGGCGGAACUGGCCAAGUGAGGUCAAGGCACGUCCUUCAGAGCUGGAGUCUGUACAACCCCCAGGCUCAGCAAGGCCACAGAGCUUACCCCAGGGCAAGAGCCGCAGCCGCAGGAGCCGCAACAAGCAGGAGAAGUCGGCCUCCUCGUUGGACGAUGUGUUCCUGCCUAAGGACAUGGAUGGGGCGGAGAUGGAUGAGACGGACCGAGAGGUGGAGUACUUCAAGAGGUUCUGUUUGGAUUCAGCAAAGCAAACUCGUCAGAAAGUUGCUGUGAACUGGACCAAUUUUAGCCUCAAGAAAACUGCUCCCAGCACAGCUCAGUGAGCCCUGCUUAGGUCAAGCUUCUUCAGGGCAUCCUGAGGCCCCGACUGCCAGCUGAAGGUCUACAGUUUUUCCUCCCACAUGUCCUGCCCACCUGCCCUGACCCCUCCCUGCUCCUGCCAUCCUGGACCAACCAAACGCUGAAUGGAUGCUGUGCUGUGCUAGAGUCCCUCAGGACCUCGGCAGAGCCGCUUCCUGGUGCUAUGCAGCCUCCAUACUCAGAACCUGGGGACUGGGCUGGCCUGUGCUGUGGGCCAGGGGCUGAUGGUACUGCUGGCCCAACACUGCUCUCUUUGUGUUCAGUUUUUUGUUUUUGUUUUUAUUUUAUUUUUUUUCAAUUCUUUACUUUUGAUACUGUGAAGAUCUUUCAUGCUGAAAGAUAAAGCAACAUUUGGACACAGA